GCGCGAGCGGAAGCGCCAUCUUCUAUUCAAUUGCAUUAUCAAUGAACGGCCUCAGGAACAGCUAUUUAUAAAUCGACCUUGAGAGUUUUUUCUGUGUUAUAGUCAGAUUUUCUAAUUUUCUCCAGUGAGUUGUUGUGGAUAAAAUGGCUUCAACAAGCACCAUUAUAGCGAUUAUUGCGGUGAUCUGUGGGUUCAUAAAGGAAGGUAAUGCACUGAGUUGCUUCAAUUGCUCAAGCGUGCUUGACUCAAAGUGCGGGAAAACUUGGGAAUACUCCGGCACGGAAGGGGAUAAGUACUUGGUGAAAUGUGUAGGAAACACCGUAGCAUGUAGAAAACUUGAAACUACUGACACAUAUAAAGGAAUGACGGUAGUUCUGAGGUCGUGUUGGAACGUGAGCAGUGUGGAAGACCUCGAUGAGGAGUUCUUGGACUGUAGAAAGAUGGCCAGUAUCGGAAAAGCGUGCUACUGUAACAAGGACCUUGAUGGCGGGAAACCUUGCAACGGGAGACAACCGUUGGUUGCAUUCGCUGGACUAAUCAUAUCAACCGUUUUAGCAGCACUUUGUCAUUUGUUCUGAAGAUCAGUUAUCUUUUCAUCACAUUUUGGAAAAUCAUAGGUCACGAAAUAAUUGGAAAAUGAAAAAAGCAAUAGCAUUUUGAAAAAUUUAAUCGUAACAUUACACUUGGUUGGUAUUUUUUUGUUUGUAAGUGCUGGGACUUACAAAAAAGUGCAAUUUAUUAGUCAAAAAUAAUUCGAUUCAUAAACAGCUUAUGAGACUCAAGUUAAUGUUGUUGACCUGAAUUUCUCUUUAACAGAGGCGGAUAUUGACCAUUUAUAAAUUAAAACAACUCCUCUACCUUUAUGAAGGGAUUUUAGAAAAAGUUCAAAAUUUGAUCUAUUUUUAUCAGAAAUUAAAUAAUAAUCACAUAGCUUAGAACAAGGUCCCAAUUUACUGAAUGAUUUUUUUUUUCUAAAAUAAAAAAAAAAUUUUGAUAAAGAAUAUCAAAAUGAGGACCCAGUGUGUUGACAGUAAAGCCUGUAACCAGGUGAAAUUGAAAAGAUAAAAUGCAAAUGGGUCAUCCUGAUAAGCAAGGCUAAUGUCCUGGGUUAACUUAAGGUCAAAUUAAAUUGAGAUUGAAUUUUCAGUCAUAUUUAAAUGAAAAUUGCAUAAAUUGACAUAAUGUUCCUUUUAUGUGGUGUAUGGUAAAAUAAAGUUAAAAAACACCAAACAGGUUUAUAUGAUUACAAUUAAUUCUACAAUUUUUUGAAAAGAUAUUUUUGACAUGCAUAAAGGUUUUUUUCUUUGUUUAAAGAUCAUGAAGCAUCUCUUUGUAUUAAGUCAUUUAUUAUCAAUGUGUCAUGCAAAAUAAACUGCAGAAACAAUUUAAACUAGAGACAAACACUGGUAUCAGAUGAAGUUGGUAUAUAAAUAAAAUAAAUGACUGGUUGGUAGAAAGUAGCAGGGAUAUUAUUUACAAACUUAUGCAAUAGUUAAAGGCCCAUCAUGCCUCAUGCAGAAAGGACUAUUUUAAUUUCUCAAAAAACUUAUUAUUUUUGAUGUACUUUUACAUUUUCCCCAAAAGUUACUCAUUGGCCAAUUACCUGAACCAUCUUCUUCCUCUGUUCUUUUUGGCAUUUAAUUAAUACAGUUAAAGCAAUAUUUUGUAUGGAAGUCAAAAACUACUUUGUUUACUUUUUGGUACUUUUUUGACAAAUUAUUUCGCAAUUAGCGCAACUUUCUUCAGAAAAUAAGCAUCUUACAUGCUCUUAAACCAUUAUUUAAACGUUAUAAAAUUCAGGUUUGCCCUUUCUGAAGAAGUAAAAUUGUAUUCGUUUUUGAGGCAUAAUGUGCCUUUAAGACAGAUUAAUGUAUAUAAACUUACAUUAAGUUUAAACAAAUAAAAUUAAUGUUUGUCUGGUAAAUUGUUAGAAAAUGUGAAUAAUUUAUCAGUAUUUUUCCUUAUUUGGAUGGAUGCAGUGUUAAAGAGGAUUUGGGGUUAGAUGAAUUUUCAUGUAUUUUAUUAGACAUGAAUUACGUGCAUGUGAUUUGAAUUCUCAUGUAGUACCUUUUUUUAUAGAGAACUUAAAAGUAUUUGCAAGGGAGCUCAUGAUAUAUAUACUAUAUUCUAUUAUUUUAACAUUUGAAAAUCCCAUUGUUGCCAUAUCAAGGUGUGACCGAUGCUAGAUAUAAAGGACACACAUGGCAAUAUUGGAUCUACAUCCCUUCACCAAUAAAGCUGGGGGUGAAGCUAAAAGUGUCAGCUUAGAUUAUCUCCCUUUAACCAUACAUCUAUUAUAAGCUUUAAUUAGAUUAACUCCCUUUAACCAUACAUAAGAUAAAUAACAUCAAGUUGCAACAAUUAAUAUUUCGUGAAAUUUUGUAUUUUUUUGCUGGUUUAUUAUGAAUAUAUGGAAAUACUCUGCAGUCUGCAAUCCAAUAUAUUAUGUCAAAAAAGAUGUAGUAAAUAACAGUGUAUGGGAGAAAAAAAUACAUAUAGUUUGUCUUUAGGCAGGACUUGUGUAUUUUGUAUACUGCUUAAUGAGAAUAUUAUAUCAUAAUGCAUGUAAAAAAUGAGAAUUGUUGUACACAAUUUAUAACAUGUGCCAAGUGACAAAUUGCAUUUACUUUAUUAUCUAGCAUAUGCAAAGAUGCUUGGGAUUGUGUUACUUUCUUGAUUUAAAUGUACAGUUUCAUAAGUGCAAAAUUAAUAAAAACAGUUUUAUACAUUUUGCAUUUAAAGCAACACUUAUAUAAACUGUAUAUCCAUGGGAACAACAUCUGAGACAGCUGCCUGUGCAUAGACAUGAAAAUUUAGUUCUGGCCAGAACAUUCCCCCAACCCCCCAAAAAACAACAAACAAACAAAAAACACCAAAUUUCAGAAAUCUUAAUUUUUUUGUGAAAGAGAUCAAAGAGAUCAAGAGAUACUGGCUCUACAGAAAACUUAAAACUUGUGAUUUUGCUAUUUAGAGGUUAUGACUGCAUACUAAAUAAUGAUUUAGUGCAAAUUGAAUAUACAUUUGUAUAUAGUUUAUAUGUAGGAUGUGUAGAUUUUUUGUAUACAAGCUUACUGUAUUAGGGCCUAUUAUAUAUGCUUAUUCUGCCAAUAGUUUCUUUGUUUUUUUAUAGAUUUUAUAUACAUGCUUAUUCUUAUUAUAACUAGAAAGCUUCAUUUUUUCGUAAGUUUGUACUAUUUUUCUAUUCUCUUUAAUAAAUAGGUGCCUAAAUCAAACUCUUUUUCAUAAAGAACAUAUUCAAAAAGUAAAAAAAAACCUAAUCACUUUUCAUAUAUUACCUCAGAAAAUGAACCAUUGUUAAAGAAAUUAUAUUAUUAAUAUAUUUUUUACUAAAAUUAUAUUACCUCACUUUUUACCAAUACUUCACAGCCGUCAAGUUUGUACUGUUAACUUUCAACAAUAGAAUCUCUUCAAAAAUAAAAUCUCAUUUUCACUGUUUGAAACUAUUUUUUUAAAAAAAACAUUUGUGCAUCUUGAAACAAAUAUAUUGUCACUGCACUGUACUUUUAUACUUACAUAAAAAAACAAACAUCCAACCAAAAGAUAUUCUAUUUUUCUUCUAAAAAUUGUAAUUAAAAUAUUUUAAGUAAAUAUAUCUUGCAUUCUUUUCAUAAAUGACAUACUGAAACGAUAAUUUUUUCUUACUAUUUCUCAAAAAAUUAUCAAAUUUUUGAAGAGUAAGCAGAUAAAAUCUGCAAAUACAAUGUACAUACUCCUCGAGUUAAACAGCAAUUCACCAGUUAACCUUUUCUUUCUGAUAUAAAAUCUGAUAUACUUCUUGUUCGGAACAGUUUUGUUAAACUAUAUUUUGGUGCAAUUUUUAUUUUUUUGUCAGAUUCACAAGAUGAACUUUCCUUUAUCUAGUUUUAAAAGGCACAGUUUUGUUACUGCCUUUUUGUUUCUUCUGUAAAUUGUUCAAUGCUAGAGAUGUUUAUAUUAAUAUUUACUGCAGAAUGUAUUAUAUUAUAUCAUGAUAGAUUUCUUUUGUUGCUAUAGAGAUGUUCAUGUAGUAACCAUUGCUAUGGCACGCUUUUCUCUACACCUGGGCCCCGUCAUGACAAAACCAACAAAAUGCGAUUGCGACCAGCAUGGAUCUAGACCAGCCUGCCCAUCUGCGCAGUCUGAUCAGGAUUCAUACUGUUUGCUAUCAGUUUCUCUUCUUGUAAUGGAGUUGGUUAGCGAACAGCAUGGAUCCUGAUCAGACUGCGCGGAUGCGCAGGCUUGUCUGGAUCCAUGCUGGUCGCAAACCCAUUAUGUUGGUUUUGUCCUGACACGGCUCACCUGAUUUUGCUAUUUUCGGACUGUUUGCUCUUAUAUUGAUUUAGUCCUAGGUCAGGCAUCAGUGUUAAUAAGCUCGCCAGUUUUCCCUACAUAAGUAUUGCUUUACUUACAUAACUUAACUAGCUGCUAUAUCCAUUCACCUGUCAUAGAACCAUUGAUCAUUUUUAGGAAAAAUUUCAAACUUAUGAUGUACUGAAUGAAAGCACACAAUGCAGACCAUGUCCAGAUGGCAUGGAUAUGCUGGCUGAUUUUAGCCAGCACUUGUCACAUUACUUGCUAAUAGCUGGCUAAGGGGUUAGAAUUUCAUUGUGCAUUGUUUAUAUUUAUAGAGAAUCAGCUUUUAUAUACAACUGGAGUAAAUAAUUUUUGUGCACAAAUUAAAUAUUAAUAUUGAAAUUUUGGUCAUUUUUCCAUACAUUAAUUGUGUACCUAAUAUUUUGUUGGAAUCACACAUAUAUACAGUAGAUCCUGGAUAAUUACUCUGUUAUUUGGAUAUAAACAAGGACGUUGAUAAGGUUAAAGCAUAACUCAUAAAAUUUCUGUAUAUAUUAUUAAUAUUCAUAUCCUUUAUCUGUUGGUGCCUACAUUCCAUUGAUAAUACACAGAAAAAAACCUCUUAUUUAAUCACCAAUCUUUUCUGUUGUAGAAUGGUAUAAAUUUGAAUGAGAAAAUGUUUGUUAUAAAUAAAACUGAAGGCAAAUUUAGUGCGAGUUUAUCAGAUGGAAUGUAUGUUAUAUGUAAAUAUAUUGAGUGCAAGUUUUGUUUUCAAAGACAUAAAUGAUUUUACAAAAAUGUUACUCUUCAAAGUUAUAGGUCAUACAGCAAAGAUGAAAAUUUGUCGUGUAUGUGUUAUGUUUGGCCUCUUUGGCCCACAGGGUAAAGACCAAUACUGUUGCCUGAUACCUCUAUAGGUUCUAGUCGUACCUUUAAAAUUUGUCAUGUUAUUUUCAAGAAUAAAUCCAAAUAUUGGGAAGUUGAUGAUUCUUCUUAUGAAUAUAAAUAAAUUUUAUGGAUUGAGCCAGCUGAAAGAAAUUACAGAGCCUAAAAUAAUUAACAUAUGCUGAAAUAAUUAACAGGGUCUGAAAUAAUUAACCGAGGCUGAGCUAAUUAAUAUACAUAGCCUGAACUUAUUUACAAAGCCUGAAUUAAAUUGCAUUAAUUAUCAGAGCCUUAAUUACUGAGUCUGACUUAAUUUAAACUAAAUAUCAAAGGGACAUAACUUUUACAGCUACUUCAUUGUAUUUCCAUGAUAUGAAAAAUUCCAUUAUUUUAAAACAACAUAGUACAGGCAAUGUGUGUACUGCAAAAUGAAUGGAUAGAUUUAUAUUAUUGCCAGAUCUGUAUGAAUGAUGUGUUAUUUAAAUGUUGUAACAUUAUAUUGUUGUUUAACAUUUUUUUCCUUUGUGAUCACUUGAAUGUCAAAUGACUUUUUCACUUGAAUGUCAAAUGAUUUAGUCUUUUGAAUGUCAAAUGAUUUAGUUAUUUUUAGGCAAGAAUUUAGUUGUAACUCACUUUUUUGUGUUAUGUCAAACACUGUGUGUAAUCAUUUUAUUUGAAUUUUAUAGACAAGACAAUUUAGUGAAAUAAAGCAAAUAUAGACUAG